AUGGGAGACUCCAACUUUUUCAAGGGAACUUCUACAGACCAAGAUAGGCGAUUUUCUGACAAGGAGCUCAAGCUACUCAAAACUCUGAAAUUUCCUCCUGAAUUUGACCAAAAAGUAAGCAGUGCCUAUUCGACGAAGCAUGGACUGAGUAUCGCUAACCUGUUUCCGCAUGAUUUUCAGGUGGAUAUGAGAAAAAUUAGAUUGGAAGUCUUGAAACCUUGGAUUGCUACACGCUUCACUGAAGUGAAUGGCUUCGAAGACGAAAUAGUGUCAUCGAUGAUUAUUGGACUGUUGGAGGAUAAAGACAAUCCAACUCCAGAUCCUCGCAAAAUCCAGAUCCAAGUCCAGGGGUUUCUACACAAAAAGACGCCUGUGUUCAUGUUGGAGCUGUGGAAGCUCCUUCUAGAUGCUCAAAGUAAUCAACAUGGAAUUCCACAGUCAAUGAUUGAUGAACAAAAGGCGAAAUUUACGUCCAGUGGGGGUGAUACCAAAUCUCGGUUUGACCAAGGUCCCCCUCCCGACCGGCGAGGAGAAUACGGUCCAGGAAGGGGAGGCAUUGGCUCCGAAGGCCGUGGAAGAGGCAGAGGUUUCGGGGAUCGCGAUAACCGUGGUAGGGGGCGUGGUGGCUUCCGGGGUAGAGGGCGAUAUGAUGAUGGUCCUCGAAGGAGAUACUCUCCCGACAGACGGUCUCGCAGUCCAGAUCGUAGGAGAAGACCCUAUACAUCGAGAUCUCGUUCACCUCCUCGCCGUGGGUAUGGCUCCCCUCGCAGAGGUUACUCCCCAGGAAGACGAGGCGGUGGCAGAAGCCCGGGAGAUCUCGUUCUAGAGAUGGAAAAAGAAGGCGAAGUAGAAGUAAAUCAUAUUCGCCUGGUAGGAGAAGAAGCAGGAGUGCAAGCCCUCGAAGAUAUUCUCGAAACACGAAAGGCAAGGAUCGUCGAUCUCCUUCCUAUUCACGCUCAAGAUCUAGGUCCCGUUCAAGGAUCUGGAGUUAAAGAUACUAUGGACGUGGAUGUGAGCGCUGCUUCCUAA